AUGUCCAUCCUCCUCCCCCUCCUCUGGCUCUGCCACCUCGCAAACGCAGCCCUAACAAUCUCCAUCCCCCCCCUCCACCCACCUCCCAAACCCCCAUAUCCUCCCCGCAACCACCCACGCAACCCUCACCACCCUCCCCGCCGCCGGCGCCGCCACAUCCUCACCACCUCGCUCACGCGUGGCUCGACACUAGUCUUCAAUGACAUUCCCGCCGGUCAUCCCGAAUCCUAUCUGCUGGACAUUCGCGGUGGUGAAUACGUGUUCGCCCCGUAUCGGGUUGAUGUCGCGGCUGAUGGAUCGGUGAUGGGUGUUUGGGAGACGUUCCGGGGUAAUCCGUGGGAGAAUCGGGGGGCGGAGAAAUAUGUUGUUGAUGUCGCUGGUGCUGGGGCUGGGAAGAAGGCGGCUGAUGUUGUGGUUGAGGCGAAGGUUUUGGGGAAGAAGGGGUUCUAUGAGGAGAGGGCUAAGUUCUCGCCGUUGAGCCUGGUCAAGAAUCCCAUGAUUCUGAUGGCUAUCGUGGCCCUUGUUCUUACUCUGGGCAUGCCCAAGCUGAUGGAGAAUAUGGACCCCGAAAUGCGCGCCGAAUUCGAACAACAAUCCCGCGCCUCCCCCAUAACCGGUGCUACCACCAAUGCCAUGACUGGCGGUGGCUUCGAUCUCGCUGGGUGGAUGGCCGGUACCGCACCUAACCCAAUGACUAGUGCCGAGGGUGCGACGGGUCGAGAGACUACUACUGGCUCUGCGCGGAAGCGUGGUUAA